GCCGCCUGAAACGCACGCACAUCGCCCCCCACCCUCGCUUGACGUGCUUGGUGCGAGUUAAAGCAACAAAAAUGUAUUUAAAACAUUAAACGCAAAUACGUGACGAAAAAAAUCAGAGGCGGACGAAUUACAAUGCGCAUUUAAAAUGCAAUCGCGGUCUGUUUAAUUAUCUCCGAGUUGGCAAUGGGGUCUGUGCCAGAGCUGAGUUCCCCCCUUUGAAACCUUUCGCAAAACAACACCGGCGGCUGCAACUUCUCCCGCGGAAACUUCACUGCAUUUCGCCUCAACUACAGCCCGAAUUACAUCCAAAACCUCAGCAAACCAACAAGGAUCCGCGCGACAACCAUUCAUGCGAACAAUAUACUGCAAUUUCCGAACAAAAUGAGCGAAAAUCCCGCCUCGCCGGAUCCCGUCGCCGAGGGGGCCGAUCCGGCCUGGUCGCGCCGCCUGGAUAGGUCGCCCUCCCCACGGCAGGCGAUCCAGGCGAGCACGAGGCUUUGCAGACCGGGUAGGCCUCGUCUUCGGUCCUUCGACAACAGCGGCGCCAACAAAUCAUCAACAACCUCCCCAACCAAAGCGGACACGCAGAUCCAGGGUCUCAGCCACGAGCUGCAGCUGGGCUACCGCUUGCUGCAGGACUUCACCACGGAGCGGUACAAGGCGGUGGGAUCGCACUUCUUGGGGCCGGAGUACGCGGCGGGGAAACAGGCCGCUGCGGGCCCCCCCGUUUGCCUGGGCGCCAUGCGGGAGAGGUUCACGCGGGGCCGGUACGCGACCCUGGCCGAGGUGGUGUCGGACCUGCGUCUCGUGGUGGAGACUUGUUACCGCGCACGCGGCGUGGACCACUGGCUCAGUAAACGCGCUCAGCGCAUGGAGCUCAUCCUGGAGCAGAAGCUCGCGUUGCUCUCCAGGCCCCUCCGAGAACAGACCUCGCUGUACGCCACCACACACGGUCGCUAUGGCAAUGACGAUGACCGCUCGCCGGGCCUGGUAUCGUCGCGCCGGCGAGCCACAGCGCGCUCUGCCUACUCUUCGUCUCCCACCGCCUCUGCAGGAGAGUCAGCCAUGUUGACGGCAAUCAGAGCCGAGGAGCAGCAGAAGGCACGGGACGAGAGACGUGUGCGUGAUCAGGAGCGUCGUGAGGCGGAGGAGGCCAGCCUCCGCCACGCCGAGGAGUGGGAGCACGCCCUCUUCUCCACGGCCGCCCCCCUCGUUCCUGAGGAAUUGUGGGAGCUGCCGGCUGUGGGCCAUUUCCUUUGCCUGGCACAGUCAGCGCUUGGGCUCCCGGAGUUGGCAUUCUACGAGCUCGAGCGCUGCCUGCUCAUGCCCCGUGCCAGCUCCUUCCUCGCACGCAUCAUGACGGCGCUGCUGCUUCCGCCGCACAGAAGGCACAGACACGCUCCAGGAGGAGGAAACAGCACGGGCAGCGGUGCUGGCGUUGGGCGCAGCAUGAGCUACGCGGUGUGGGAGCGGCGUCUGCGCGAGCGUGUACGCGCGUGGUACGCCGACGUCGGCGCCGCCCCCUGCGCCGCUCUGCGCGCACGGGCGCUGGGGCUGCCCCCGCAGCUCUUCGCGGUGCUCGGGGAGUCGAGCCCGCUUGAGAGCCGGUCCUUCCACCAGCUGCCGCUUGCCCAGCGUGUCUGGCUGCUCAAGGGCCUGUGCGAGCACGUGUUUGAAACUGAGCGCUCGGUGCAGGCGGCUGUGCUAGCUCAACCCAUCCAUGAGUGCCGCGAGGUGGUCUUGGGAUACGACGCCCAUGACUUCUGCUACAUCCACUUCCCACAGUUCUGCGGCCUCGACUUCCGUGUCUACAAACAGGCUCCCCUGGGUCCGCCCGCCUACCCACCUCCUGCCAUCCACGUGCGACGCCAUUCAGCCACAUCCGGCUUCGGCUCAGCCAAAGCAGAUGCAUUCUCUACCAGCCCAGGGGCGGCAUUGUCAGCUAAUGCAGCUGUGUCGGCCGAUGCAUCUCCGGGUGUGAAGGCUGGCGUCAAGAAAGAGUGGUGUCUGGAGAAGGGUGGUGGUGAUUGUGGCCGCACUCCUUGUAGUGGUGGUAGUGGAGUUGCUGAUAGAGGUAGUAAUGCCACUGAAGGAGUUGGUCGUGGCUGUGGUGAUUGUGGUAGUGAAGUUAGUGGUGGUGGUAACAUUGACGUAGUUGGUAUUUGUGGUGGUGUCGUUCAUAGUGGAGUUGGUGGUUGUCAUCUUGAUGGUCGGCUAAGUGGCGGAGGCGAUUGGGGAAGCAGUGGUGAUAUUGAUGGACUUGAAGAUGGAGUUUCUAGUGGUGGAGUUGAAGGUCCCUGUGCCUCGUUAAGUUCCCACCUCAUCAAUGGCCUCCGUUUCACCACCCCUGCCACUACCUCCAUCUCCUCCUCCACCUCCUCCAACACGAUGAAGAUGAUGAAGAAGAUAAUAAAGACAUCGUCUUCACAGCAAAAGGGUCACGGCAAGAAGAGGAAGAAGCGGAGGAAGAGGAAGAUGGCGCAGAUGAAAGAAUCACGUCAAGAUGAUGUGGAAAUGUGGUUUGGAGGAGGAGGUGAGGGUGGUGGUGGUGAUGGUACUGAUAGAGGUGAUGGCAAUGACGCUGGCACAGAAAAUGUUGCGGUCGCAGUCAAAAAACGGAAAAUGUCAACCAAAAAGAAGGAGAAAACCCGCAAAGGUGAGAAGAGAGAGACAAAGCUGGGAGUGGUGGCAGUGCAAGCUGGUGAUCCAGUACUACCGUGGAAGCCAGGGUUGGUGGAUCUCGUAGAGAUUUGUGAAACUCCCAAACUCAUUGGGUUGUGA